AUGUCGCGGAGGCCGGUGAAGGGGGAGUACAUUGAGACCGACACUGGCAACAAGGUCUCCCGCAAAGCCAACCUCGUCGGCACCCAGAACAUCAUGCUCGGCGGCCGCACCGUGAUACAACCCGAUGUCAUGAUCCGCGGCGACCUCGCCCGCACCGCGCCCUCCAGCUCCUCCUCCACCUCGGCCGGCAGCGCCCCCGCCAAUAACACGGCCGUCGCCAUCGGCCGCUACUGCUUCCUAAGCCGCGGCUGCAUCCUGCGCCCCCCAGGGCGAGUCUACAAGGGCGCCUUCACCUACAUGCCUCUCCGCCUCGGCGACCACGUCUUCGUCGGCCAGGGCACCGUCGUGCAGGCCGCGACCGUCGGCAGCCACGUCUACAUCGGCCACGGCGCCGUCAUUGGCGAGUUCGCCAUCAUCAAGGACUACGUCCGCGUCCUCGAGGGCAGCGUCGUGCCGCCCAACAUGGUCAUCCCGAGCUUCAGCAUCGUCGGCGGCCAGCCCGCGCGUGUCAUUGGCGAGGUGCCCGAGGGGGGGCACGACGCCUUUGAGCUGCGCGAGCUCUACAAGACGGUGGGGAACAAUCCGCAGCCGAUGAAUGCGUAG